CAACAACUUCCGUCAGUGGGUUUCCCACGGGAGCCACUUUGGAGCUCUGUUUGACCAUGUUUCCAAAGCACAUGGGAACCCAGACACAGCUUGACAAGAACGCCUACAUCGUGAGCACGGACAGUGUAACUUAUAUGCCGAACCAGCGCAUUAAAGUGACAGUAUCAUCAUCCACUGGAAACAGGCAGUUCAAAGGGGUACAGAUCCGAGCUCAUCGAACAGAUCUCAACACGGAGGAGAUCCUGGGCGCUUACGACACUCUGAUUCCAGCGGAGAAGCUAAAAGUUAUAGAUUGCCAGGGAAAGCCGAACAGCACGGUCACCCACAGCAACAACCAGACGGUCAAUAAGGUAGAGGCCACCUGGGUGGCUCCCAACCUCAACGUGGGACCAAUCGUUUUUGAUGUCACGAUUGUGGAAAGCUUCUAUGUCUUCUAUCACGGGUUGAGAUCUGCAGUGAUCAGACCAGCCAACAACAGCCCACCUAUCAUUCCGCCAGUGUAUUUGACCCCGGUUGUCAGUGCAACGGUUGCCCCCAUCGACUGGAGCCAGUGCGGAGACACCAAAGGUUGCCUCCUGUACCCAACAUACUGCAAUGGGGAAAACUGUAAGGCCGCUGUCAGCUACGUUGUGAACGAGACGGCAGGCAUGGCUACCUUUGAGCUGAUGGUGCGCGGGGAGGAGUAUGUAGCUCUGGGGUUUUCCGACGAUGUUAUCAUGGGAGACGAUCAAACCAUCAGUUGCUGUUCUGUGUAUGACAGAGUGAGCUUGCUUCUCGGAUGGAACCACCCACACAAAUAUAAUAUACAGGAAAUGACGAUUCACAGGAUCUCGGCCAUAAUGACGUUUGUACUGACUGUUGCUGGUGUGGUUGUGGUGCUUGUGAAACUAGACGGCAAAGUCACGGUUGUAAGUAUUCGCUACACGUGGACAGAUCUGAUGUGA